GACCUCCCCAUCUUCUUCUUUUGUGAGAAAUAAGAGAGAAUCGCAAAAGGAGAUGAAGAUUCAGGAGAAUCUCGAGUUCAUUGAUGUACUCAAACGAGCAAGGAAGCUACUCUGCGGUAACAUAAACCUCCUUCUCUUCCUCUUCAUUUGUUCUCUCCCUCUCUUUUGUUUCUUGAUCUUCUUCGAGCUCUCUCUCCAAACCACCGUUUUAGUCGCUUCUGAAUACUUCUCUCGAGAAGUCAAGUUUUGGGGUUACUACUACACCGCUCCUCGAGACCAUGCCUUAUUGAAGAACCUGAUCUCGCUGCUUCUCCAGACAUUUCUCUUCUACUUGUUCCCAUACAGCCUCUUAGACCUCCUCACCACCACUACCAUAGUCUCCGCGUCUUCACUAGUCUACACAAGCGAAGAGGAACCGUUAGGGCUCAAUCAGUUGGUUCGGAGAACCGUGGGGAUAUGUCGGAAGAGAAUAGAAGGUUGUCUGAUCACAUCUCUCUAUAUCCUCCUCAUAUCAACCUCUGUUUUCUUCGGUUUCUUCUUUGCAGCAACGAACUAUUUGUACAUAGUUUCUCUCAUCAGAGUUGGUGAUUACUCAUACUACUAUUACAUUAGUAUUGGAGAAGAUGGUGGCAGCUAUACCACACGCAGCAGCUUCGAAGAAGAUCUAAGUCUAAGUAGGAUCUUGUUCGACUCGGUGAUGGCUCUCUUUCACGGUGCUGUCUUCAGUUUGCUUGCCAAGUUCAGCAAGUGGAGUGCAGGGUGGAACAUGGGUUUGGUUGUUUCCGUGUUAGAAGAAGAAGAAGAUGGUUAAGGCAUCCAUGGAGCAGAUGCUUUAAGUUUGUCUUCUUACUAUGGAAGAGGACACGAGAAGAGUGGUCUCUGGGUGAUGCUUGUGUUCUUGUUAUUCGCUCUUGCGAUGAGGAUACCGUGUUUAUGCCUCAAAUUCAGCGAGAGUUCGAGUGAAAAUGGAGUCUUAUACACAAGUUUCUAUGUGGGUUUGAUUUGUGUUGGGAAUAUAAUCAAGUGGGUGGCUAGUGUCGUGUUAUACUGCGAUUGUAGAACUAGGGUUUUGGAAAAGAAGUGUGACGUGGAGACUGGAUCAAAAGCUAAGGCUCUUGCUAAGUAAGAGAAAUAGCUUCUCUAUCACCAACCCAUCUACAUACUUUUGGUCUGAUCGUAUUUGCGUUCCUUGUAGUAAAGUUUGCCAUCUUUUGUCACACAUUUGCUUUACUCUAUCCAACAAUAAGAGGGCCAUUAACAUUUGAGUUUAAGCCCUUAAAGUCGUUACCUUUUAAUGUAUUGUUCUUUGACCUA